AUGGGGAUCAUCCAGGCGGCGAGCAGACCCCAGAAGCCCCCCUGCAUUCCCUGUCCGGAGGGUUACGUUCCGGGGAAUCCCGGAACAUUCGAGGAGCUCCACAAGAAAGUCAAGGACCUCUAUCCCCCGAUAUUCGAGGGUGCUAAAUUACGAGUGAAGAGAUGCUACAACGCCGACUUUUACACGAUCCACUCCCUCAGUCUGAGCUCGAUGACGCCCUCGGGGUACAAAUUGGGCACGUGUUACACUGGCUCCAAGCGAGUGGGAAGACUGGAGCGAUAUCCCGUGAUCAUCGGGGAGCUGAUGCCCAAUGGGAACCUGGCGGCGACAAUUGUUCACACAUUGGGCUGUCGAUUGAGGGUGAAACACGUCAAUCAAGUGGUCAAAGGUAAAUUCGAGGCGUCCAGCUCCACCGUCGAGUACAGAUCGGACGAGGCAACGCUAUCAGUCACCCUGGACAACCCUGACUUCACCAAGCGCACGGGAACCCUUGUCAUUCACUAUCUCCAGGCCCUCUCCAACAGGCUGACCGCAGGCACUGAAUUCGCAUUUCACAGGAGUCAGUUGAUACCUGGGGGACGGGAGUCCAUGAUUGCACUGGCUCUGAGGUACAGCACGGGGGCUCAGACGUUCUCAGCGACUCUUGGAAAUGCUGGAUUACACUUCUGUUAUCAUCAUAAGGCCAGCCAGCAGCUGCAACUUGGGGUAGAGCUGGAAACGAAUUUGGCUAAUCAUGACUCGAGUGCUGGGAUUUUUUACCAGCUCGAUGUACCCCAUGCGGAUAUUGUCUUCAGGGGAAUGGUCAAUACCAAGUUGACGGUUGGGGGCGUGCUGGAGAAGAAACUUUAUCCGGUUCCUGACUCCUCGUUGAUGCUCAGUGUUAUGUUGAAUCAUGGGACUCAGAAUUUUCAAGUGGGAAUCGGUCUCAAUGUCGGGUGAUAAUCUAUUAUUUUAUUUUGAGUAUGUACAUUUACUGUGAUACCAGGGUUUUUUAUAUAAAAAGUAUAAUGGGAGUCUUGUGUCUUGAAAUUCGACAAUUUUUAGUUUUUAUGACGG